CGCGCAGGCUCGGUGGCGCGCAGACUUGUUGCCGCGCAGGCCUUCAUGGCGAUCUUCUGUAACUAUCUUGAGAAAGCCCGAUCGCCCAGGGGGGAGGGUUACCAGUGGUCCGAGAGUGGUCCGAGAGUCAGGAAUCAGGAUCAGAUUCUAGUCCAGUGGAGCAACGGUGAGGAAUGCACCAUGCACAUCCUGGUGGUGCACGCUAUGAUUAUACUAUUGACAUACGAUACGUCCGAGGACGACCCGCUGUUCAAUAGUUUGCUGGAAACGUGGUUUCCCUUAACGGAACAACCCAAGGCCUUCCUCGUGGACACUAGCGAGGAGGCAUUGCUUAUACCAGAUUGGCUCAAAUUACGCAUGAUUAGAAGCAACGUGCCUCGUUUAGUCGACGCAGCAUUAAAAGAUCUUGAACCCCAGCAAUUGGUACUUUUCAUCCAAAGCUUUGGAAUGCGACCAGUGUCGUCAAUGAGUAAACUGCUUCACACGCUCGACGCGAGUGUCCAGAUCGAUCCAAGCUCGGUGGGUGAAGCGGUUUUGGAUAAAACGUACAUGGCACAAUUGGUGGAGGUGCAACACCGAAGGGGUGCCACGGGUGGAUUGGUGUUCGUUCAGGUAUUGCAGCUGCUGGAACCGCAACUGCCGGACGAGAGCGUUGUGUCGAUCGGGAGGCUGCAGCAGCCGUUGCCGGCCAGUGCGACGGUGCAGAAGCAAUCCGUCAUACAAUGCUCCGUGAAGACUGACGUGCCCCACUUGAUAAACCGACUUUUCAUCGAGAAUAUUCCGUUGGGACAGAAAAUGGACGCUUAUCGGCGUUUGCACAAGGCCUUGGCGAAGGAUCUGCAGAGAUCGUGCGUGAAGGAAAGUGGCGCGGUGGUGCUGGCGAUACAGCACAUAUGCAGCGUCCUCAGUUCUAUGCAGGUCAAGCUGUUUCUGGCCUCGCUUGUGCACAUGCCGCAGUAUUCUUGUACGUUGAUGCGCGUGAUACUGCUUCCGCUCAAGAGGCCGUCAACGUCUAAGCACGUUAUUGAGUUGGCGCGUAAUAUGUGCCUGAACCUGAUAUCGCUGAUAGGCGACGUAAAGGCGCCGGUGCUGUCGAUCCUACGCGACUUCGCUAACAUGCAGCUGACGAAAACGCCUCAACGCGCGGAGCUGUCGAUGCUGCUGCAGAGCCGCGGCGAGAGCCCCGGCUCGAUACUGGAAGGCACGGACUCUGUGAAUCUGGAGGGUAUGGGCCGAAGACUGCUGGAUCUCUGUCUGAAGCAGCAGAAGAACGACGACCUGGUCGAGGCUAUGGCGAGAUUAUUGGUCAGCGAUAGUAACGAAGGCGCGUUGAAACCUCGUACGGGUUUGCUCAUCGAUUGGCUGGCCUCUGUGGAGCCCGAGCUGAUCGGCAUCUGUCCGAAUCUCCAGAUGAAGCUGCUGUUUGGAAAGACGAAGGUGCAUAUCAACAUCGACAAGAACGUUGUGAGCUCGCACUCCUGCAGACCAUACUUGUUAACGCUCUUGACGCACAGAGCGAGUUGGACGACUCUGUACAAGUGCGUCGGCCAUUUGUUAGAUAAAUGCGAUGACGGAUACGAUCCUACUGCUGUUCUGGACUUUUUAUGGGCCUUGACAUGCAAUCCUAAGCUGUGGCAGGGCCGGGACAAGUUCACGCCGAAACAUUACGUUCCUGAGAAUAUUCUGCUGUUGGACGAACGGCAGCUGAUUAAUCUAGUGGCAUAUCUGGUGUCCGAGGCCGUUAUUAUUUGUAAAAUGCAGAACAGAAAUGCUGCCUUAGCGAGGAUGGAUAUAAGACUCGAUCUCCUAUUACAUUGCAUAUCCACCGAAGACGGCCUGAUUUCUAAUGUGGUGAACUAUUUAGCGGAACGUAUGAUGGAUAAUUCAAACGUAGACUCGGCGGAUAUGGCGCAUCAGUUUCUGUUGCACAUGUACAUGAAGAUCCCGAAAGUCAUUUGUUACGACACAGUUGUCGACACUUUUCAAGCCAACAAGUUCGUUAACGGCUCGAGGAUAACCGAUUGGACGGGCUCGGUGCUCGAUUGCAUGAGCCACUCCUUGCUGACGGCUCUGGCGGCGACUCCGAGGCAAAAGGCGUGGAAUUCCAAGUCCCAGGAAUUCGAACUCUGCGCGAGAAAAAUGGCUGCGGUACACCCUAUAUUGGUGUUGCGGCAAUUACCAAUGCUAGCGUCCUCCUUGAUGGGACGAUGCUAUCUCGACUUCGGUCCGUUUAGAUCCGGCCACCAUUUGAAUCUUUUCAUGCAAGUUAUGGGGUUGUUAGAGCUGUUGCAACCGCAUCUGUUUAACGAGCAACACAAAGUUGCGCUGGAGAAUACUUUGGAAAAUUAUCUCCAGUGUUUUCAGGUAUCUCCACUUGUCUAUAAUAUCUCUUGUAACGAUACAAACGUAAUUUAACGAUCGAGAAAUAACAGAUUUGAGGCAGCGUUACAUAUAGAAAGAGAAAUCGCGAUUGUGAAUUACAAAUUUGGUUAAACAACUGCACUACGAAAAG